CCGACUUGGAAGCGAAGGGUGGCGCAUACCGUCCAGGUGGGCCUGCUGAGUGGCCGAACUGUGCGCUGUGACCCGGAGCCCAGCCGUACAGUGCGGACCUGCGCGAAGAAGCACAGUCAAAGCUUGGGACUGGGAUCAAGCAGCUCGUCACGAGCUCUGGGACUGUUUUGAAAGAACAGUUGUCUUUGCAAGAAGCUGGCAUUGACUACACCAGUUUUGUGACCGCCAUUGCUCCGGCCCAACAGCCUAGCAGAGUGAGACUGUCAGUGAUUGACUCAUGAAACCGAUAAAGACGACGAGUACAAGGAAGUGGAGUUUGCAGUUGGGAUCACAAUGGUAGCCACCACAGCUGUUUGGCGACAAUACGAGCCAAAGGUCGACGUCUUGCAGGUCGAAUCGUCAUUGCCAGACACCAUGGUGCCCAUGGCGCCCGUACUGAAGCUUACGCCUGAAGGCGUGACCUUUCCAGCACCCAUCAUUCUGAGAAUUCCAACAUGCGCUGGAGCCAACAAAGUGUUUAGGUCCAAUGACGAUAGUGCCUGGGAAGAAAUUCGCGAGGUGAAAUUUGCUGAAGAUUCCUGCGAAGUCCAGCUCUCCCACUUCUGUCAGGUGGCCAUCACAGGAGAUCCAAGACCUCUGAAAGCGCUUGGGUUCAUCCCACAGUGAAGCUGGCCUUGCUCCAUGUGGGCUGCAACAGGUGCAAUGACGAACUAGCGUGGUACUUGCAAGAUGCCCAGCUCUUGCAAGGCUAUCAGCAAUGUAGUGAGAUUGAAGUGAUUGGCCAGAAUCAUGCUGUAAUCCUUUCACACUCGGGGACGCGUCUCCAAGAGCUUCAACUCCGCCUCUUCCAGCUAUUUCCAGGGAAUUUGGCCGGCAAUCUGACGCAGCCUUUCAGGUCGACAUUAAUGAUGGUCAGCGCGAUUUUAAAGUGACCUAUACUGCCGCCCCUGCUCCGACCAAUGCAGGAGGAUACGCAGCAUCUCAAUCGACCGCAAGUGGCUCAGCCAGUGCUCAGGUUGCUAGCUCCAGCAAUCCGUCUCCCCAGUCGAUUCAGCAGCACGUGAUGCUGAGCGGGAGAUUCAACGGAGAUGACAUCAAAGAUUACAUGAGGAUUGUCAGAAGACGUCUUGAGGAGCUCCAAGUGACCACCUUUAUGGUGGAAGCUGGAGGCGGUGGAUAAUUCGGAAGUUUGACCCUCAUGGGUCUAGGCAGAGCGAAAGCCAUGGUGGCUUUCUGCACCGAGGAAUAUGGCGCCCUGACUGGCGUUGGAUAUGAGACCUUCCGAGAACUGGAAUUUGCACAUCAACAAAAUCUUCCGAUAAUCUUCCUCUUAUUCCAGUUCGCUAUCAUCGAGUGUAUCCGCCUCAACCUUCAGAUUCUGAAAUGGGCCGAUACCAAAACCGAUUCAUUCUCAAACCAACUUUGGUGUACAUCGCGGACGAGGAGAUGCAGAAGCCCAGGGAGGUGGCCGACCAGAUUGCCCAAGCUUUAGCCACCAUGGGCCUCCACACACCACCAGGCGCCUAAGGCGUUCCGGGCACACCAGGUGCCACAGGCGCCCCAGCUCCACCGCCAACACUGCCACCAGCAGUGUCGCAGGCAGCUCCACCAGCAGUGCCGUUGGUUCCCCACGCCCCACCCGGAGCACCGACCCGACCCUCAGGACGAAGGCCGCGACCACCCGUGCAGCCCAGCCUGGAGUCCAUGGAUUGAUGGCGGUCCGGCUGCGCAGGUCGUCCCGGGUCGAUCCGAGGAGGAGGUCUCGAUUCUUUGUUUUAGAUGGACUAGAAAGGCCCAGACCAGCACAGACUCAGACCAUGUGUUGCAGAUUCCAUGUGGUUCGAAAGACCACCCCUUGAGUCAAAAGAAGACAGCCCUUCGAGAAGUGACUGAGCGCUGACAAAGUCAGACAUCGGUCACUGCACGAGACCAAAAGUGAGAUGUUGCGAAAGAAGCUCAUUGGAUUGUCAACCAGAUCCACCAAGCUGUAUGAUUGAAGAAGCAGCUGUUCUGCAGUGCCAUAGGGCUUCGAAAGACCUAAGUUCAAUAGACCCAGGUCUCCAAGCUGGUUUAGUUCUGUGUAGAGUUUGUGAUCUUAGAAGGUCAAUGAGAACGAGGCAAACAGUGAUUUUACAGACUUAAUUACGUGCCAG